AUGUACUACGACCCACUGGUAGCGCUCGCUAACCUCUCGCCGGUGGAAAAGCUGAGCGACGAAACGAACAAAAAAAAAUCUAGAUGGGGAAACAGCUCUGCAAAUACUAACGUAGAAAAUAAAGUAGUGCCAAGUAAAUGGGGACCAGAAGAAACAAAGCCAUACUUACCUCUCCCCUUUGUGGACCUACCACCAGGGUUAACUCCAUCCCAACUGGACCAGUUUCUACGGGAACAGAGAUACGAUGAAUUAACAAAGAAACUAAAUAAAGGAGAGCUAGAAUAUGUAGACCCAGACAUUCGACCACCAUCACCACCUCCUAUUUAUGAUAAAAAUGGAAGUAGAAUAAAUACAAGAGAAGCAAGAGUAAGGAAUUGUAUGAUAGAGGAGUAUCACAGAUUGGUAGAGUACCUGCUAAAGCAUGUAGAUGGCUUUGUAGCCCCUCCAAAUUAUAAGCCAAUUAAAAAAGUAAGAAAAAUUGAAAUACCAAUUGAUAAAUAUCCUGAAUACAAUUUCAUGGGUUUAAUUAUUGGCCCCAGAGGAUGCAACCAUAAACGGUUAGAAGCAGAGAGUGGUGCACAGAUAAGCAUUCGUGGUAAGGGUACCCUUAAAGAAGGAAAAAAAACGGACCACCAAACAGAAAUUGAAGCUAAUAUGCCUAAGCAUGUACACAUAUCUGCUGAUAAUGAAGAAUGUGUUGAAAGGGCUGUCAGCCUAAUUACCCCAUUAUUGGACCCGUUCCACCCAUUACAUGAUGAGUAUAAAAAGAAGGGACUAGAACAACUGGCACUUGUAAAUGGUAUCAACAUAAAUCAGUUAGACGUACAACGAUGUUCCAUGUGUAACUCUACUUUGCACAUGACAUUCGAAUGCCCAGAAAAUAUGAAUCUGCAAAAUUUUAAAAAACCAGAAAUUAAGUGUAACCUCUGUGGGGAUCAUGGGCACAUAACGCUUGACUGCAAGUUGGCUAAACAAAAUAAUACCAACGCGGAUUUCGACCCCUCCUCUGAAAUGAACACCGCUUCCGCUAAUAAUGGCAUCGUUGGAAAUAUCCCCGCACCUCCCUCCACCAUGCCACCACCACCAUAUGAUAAACCUAGAGGGAUCAACCCCUAUGGGCAAACAUCUAGGACUGAAAAAAUAAAAAUAGACUUGGAAUACCAAAGAAUGAUGAACGAGCUUAAUCCAGAUAAAGAAAGCGGAGAUCACUCCAACGAUAAGGAUAUGAUUAAAAAUGGAAAUGAAAGUAUCUAUGCUACAGGAGCCAAUGCAACGGGUGAUUUCCCUCCCCCAUCAGGGAGUCUCACCUCCUUAGCAGAUAUCAAUAUGGAUUCAUUUAGCAACAAUAAUCCCACACCAAAUUACGCAGAUCUGAGCACUAUCUUUCCGGGUACCAUUGGAAGUGGUAAAGGUACCAGAGGGGGGAGAGGCGGAAAGGGUAGUAAAGGUAGCAAAAAUUUUAAUAACGGUCUUUUGCCUCCUCCAAUGAAUAGCAAAAAUAAGAAUAAUCCAAAUCUUAUCCCCUUAGGCCAUAAUGGCAAUGUUUUUGCAGAUGACCUAAUGGGCACAAAUACAGCAUCGAGCUUUUACGACUCACACUCCAAAAAUGGGAGAAACAAUUCUCAAAAAAAAAAUUCUAACAAUAACAAUUUUAAUACAUCAGUCCCGAAUUACCAAAAUGCAAAUAAUAUUCCUUUAAAUGCUCCCAUGCCUCCUAUGCUACCCAAUUUUUUUAAUUUUCCUUUUAUGAAUAACGGGAUGGUACAAGGUGGUUCUGUGCCCUUUCCCAGUGGUCAACAAAUACCGCCUGGUCAGCAGCUACCCAUGGACCCACUCUACAUGCAGGGUUUUCCGGGUUGGCCACAAAUGCCCAUGGGUUUCUCAGAUGAUCUGCUAGCACACGCGGCUGCGCCAGAUACAAACCCGCCCCCCUUGCCAUCGGAAGGUAUGAACAACGAGGACAGCGCCAAUGUAACAUGA